AUGAUCCGAGCUCUCGAUGACCCCUCCUGUCGAGACGUAGCCACCGGCCUCCUUCCUCGCCUUCUUCCUAUCCUCAUUAGCCGUGCCUUGUCAACAGCUGCGGCUUUUUCAUCGUCUGAUACUGCAAAGUCGCAGCACCCUCAGCCUCCUAUCACGGAGUCACGCUCACUGGCACUGGACUUGCUUCUGGCAGCAGCACGGGUUGCUAGUCCCGCUUCUCUGAAGAAUGCGCUACCCCAGCUCACCGUUGCGGGUCUGCAGACCAUGGCCUCGCUCACUCCCAACCGUGUCGUCAGUGUAAUGCGGCCCUCUACUCUCCCCUCCGUCCUGCCUCCGCAGCAUUCCCACUGGAACUCAAAUUUGGCGUCUUCCAAUACUACCUCGAGGGAGUUGCAAAUGGCCGAAGUCUUACGACUAUGUGUAAGAUUGAUUGACGACGGCUCUCUCUCCCAACUGGUCAUGCCACUGGUGGAGUUGAUCCGCGCUGGUGGUGGAACAGGUGGAGGAAGUAGUGCUGGAGGUGGAUCUCGUGGUACUGGUGCAAAUUCAGUUGCUGCUGUAGCAACAGCCACUUGCAUAUUUCUCUCCCACCUUGCGCUUUCCUCCUCUUCUUCUCCAACUGUAACUACUCAUUCCUCUCCUCAAUCUAAAAAGGAGGAGGGGGAUGGCGAUGACUUGAAGAAUCGCAUCGUCUCUCCGCUCUCUCAACACACAGGGAAGCUGCUGGCUGCUCUACUGGGUGCCUUGCCAAAUGCGGGACGUCAGCUAGAUAAUUUAGGUAGGAAGACGGUGCAAGAGGAGAUGGCCCAAGCUGUGGCUCUCCUACUGCGAUUUGCAAAGGACACCAGUGUGGCGAAGGUAUUUACUCGCGUGCGCUCCUGGUUUAUGGAGACUGGUGCUGGUGGUCAGUACUCGGAGGGCGUCUCGAGCGGCUCCGGCCAAUGGGCAUGUGUUCGUGUCAUGCAUGCUAUCGCACGCUGCUGUCCCGACCUCCUCUUUGCACAUCCUGGUUUGACCUUGCCCUUGGUCUUCAUCAACACUCAGUCAGAAGCCGAGGUCCUGCAGUUGGCCUCCCUUCCCAAUGGUCCCUCGGGCGUGGAACCGCCGAGUGCCUCCCUCACCAACAUGCCGUUCUCCCCCGCCACGGCUCUUCUCGAUGAUGAUGACGAGGAGGUGAAUGCGCGCCGCGCACUUUGGAAGGAGACAUGGCGGGAGAUCCUGCCCGUUAGUCACGCCAACGCUGCUGCCGCCAAUGCUACAGCUACCCCCACUGUUAACACUACUGCUACCGAUGUCCAACAGUCACACCUCUGUCCACCUGGUAGCUACUCUGCCAGUGGUGUCUGUCCUCUCGCCGAUCUCCUUAAACCGCCUCUCCUCACUACAUUCAUAUCCACCCUCUCAGAGGCACUAAUCAGAUCACCAUCUUGGUUUGUACGCAACCAAGCCGCACUUGCUCUCCUCUCCGUCUCUGCGGCUAUUGUUUCCCAGCCCAUGUUUCUCCUUACCACCGUUGCCUCUUCUAUGAUGCGCGAUGCAACAGGUUCGGAGCGGGGUAACUCGGUCGUCUCUGUCACUACAUCCACCUCUGCUACUGUUGCCCAGAUAUCGAAGCCUCAUACAACAGGGCCAGGCGUUCAACAGGAUGUCAGUGAUAUUCAUCAUGGAAAUGACAAUGAAGACGAUGAGGAGGCCGAAGACGAAGAAGUUGGUGAUGACGAUGAAGACGAUGAGGAGGAUGAAGAUGAUGAGGAGGACGAAGACGAUGAGGAAGAUGAGCAAGAUGAGGAGGAGAACGAGGCUGUAUUCCUCAUCUGGUGCGAGUUAGCUCGGGUGCUGACUGCUGCAUUGAAGGAGACAGGAUCUUGGAGUGGGAAAGUUUACCUUCUACGCACUGUUAGGAUGCUUACCCAAACUGCUCUUGAACGUGUCUUCAACCUCGACGAUCCCAACAAUGAACUUAUUAAUGAGCAUUCAAAUAUGGUUCCCGGCCUGUGA